AUGGGGCAGCCGUUGCAGCCGCAGCCUAAGCAGCAGGACGAAGCGGACGUCUCGAUGACAGACGAAAAGGCAGAAGAUUCUUCUUCGUUGAGCAAACUGGAACCGACCCCUCAUGGCCAGCUGGACGUGAAGACGAUGCCGGUGGCGGAGCUGAGGAACGAGCUCAGGGCUCGCGGGAUGAGCUACAAGGGGCUGAAGAGCCAGCUGGCGGCCAGGCUGGGGAAGGCGCUGAAAGCGGAGGAGGAGGCUGAGGAGAAGGGGGAGGAAGAGGAAGAAGAAGAGGAGGUUGGGGAGGGGGAUGAGGAGGAAGAGAAGGGGAAAAACGAAGAGGAGGCUGAGGUGGAGAAGCAGGAGGAUAAGAAGUCAGAGGUAGGAGAGAAGGACAAGGAAAAGGACAAGGAAAAAGAGAAGGAAAGGGUGAAGAAGCUGGACGAGAGAGAGCGAGCCCUGAUAGAGAAGCGCCACACGUUGCCCGAGCAGCCGCACAUUCUCGUCCAUCCCUCCAAAACGGCCAAAUCGGGCAAAUUCGAUUGCACCGUCAUGUCGCUCUCGCUCCUUCUCGACUACCGGCCUGAAGAUACGAAAGAGCACUCGUUCGAGGUGUCGCUCUUCGCCGAGCUGUUCAACGAGAUGCUCAUUCGCGAUUUCGGCUUCAACAUUUACAAGGCUCUGCACGAUUUGCCUGAGAAGAAGGAUGAGAAAAAGGACGAGAAAAAAGACGAGAAGAAAGACGAGAAAAAAGUCGAGAAGAAGAAGGAGGCUAAGAGGGAUGCUAAGAAGGAUGAUAAGAAAGAUGAUAAGGAGGAUAAGAAGGAGGAGGAGGAGGAUAACUCUGAUGGCGAGGAAGCAAUGGAAGACGAUAAGGAUGAGGAAAAGACCGCUGAAGACGCGAAGACCGAAACGAAAAGCUCCAACUCCAAAGAGCACAAACCGUCCUCUAGCGACAAGAAGGACGGCAAAGAGAAAACGUCGAAGCAAGACGAGGAUGCCGACGAAGAGCAGGAAGACGACAGCGGCGGAGACGACGACCAAGUCAAAAGGGACAGGAAGAACAGGCCGGCAGCGGGAGGUAAGAAAAAGGAGCGACCGAGGCGAGUCACCAAGGACAAACACCUGUUGCUGUCGUUCGUCUACUUCGAUCAGACGCACUGCGGCUACAUCUUCGACAAGGACAUCGAGGAGCUGCUGUUCACGUUGGGGUUGAAGCUGUCCAGAGCUCAGGUGAGUACUUUU